UGCUGAGAUUUGUUGUGAGCGGAAGGAGUUUUUGAUAUUUUUCCUUUUUAAAUUUUUAAGCAAAAGUUAGAAAUUUCCUCGCACUCGCAUAACGAUAUAAUAUAACUCGAAGAGAAAAAGCUAUAUGUAAAUUUUUUUUAUUUGUAAAUUUGUAAUAAAAACAAAUAUUCCUUUGCUAGUGUUUAAAAAAAAAAAAAUUAUAAAACAUCAAUUCAGACGACUUAUACGCAAACGAAUAAUAGAACAAAGCCUGGUGCGCGUAAAAAUCAAUCAGAAUGUAAGGCAAAAGCAUAAAAAAAUAAUAGUUCUCUCAAAAAUUAAAAAAAAAAAUUCUAUAUAUUUCAGUGUAGUAUUAAUUGAAUGCAGAAAAUUGUAAAGUUUAAAAAAAUUUAAAAAAAUUAAAAAAAGAAAAAAAUUUAGAAAUUCAAUUUAGAAAAAAAAAAAAUUUUGUGUGGAAGUGUGUGGACGAAAAGUCGCUCGUGAACUUCAUUUAUUCAUUCAAGUAAAAGCAAAAGGAAAUUGAAUAUUGUGCAUGAAUUAAAUUCCAAAGAAAAAUAUUUGAAAAUAUUUUGACACUGCUAUUACUAAAAGCAGCAGCAACAACAACAAUAACAACUAAAAGCAGCAGCGUAGUCCAAACUUUCUUAGUUUCCAGAAGCAACGAUUGACGAAAAAACGGGCAAAUUUUUAAGAAACAAUAUUUUACCCGUAAGAAAAAAUUUUCUUUCUAUAUGCGAGUAUUCCAACCUCAACAUUAACAUCAUCAACAACAGCACGGUGUAGAGAAACGAAAAAAUUGAAAAAAGAAAAAAAUCUACAUAUUUUAAAUUUUUAUUUUUUUACUUUUAUUUUUAUUAUUGAAUAUUUGUUUUUUUUGCUUGGGACUACAAAUGAGUUUAAAAGUGAAUUUGCUGAACUGAAGAUAAGAAAACAACACGCACUAUAUAUGACUUACUAUUGCAAACGGAAUAUUAACUAAAAAUCAUGAGUCGAUCGGCAUAUCAACGCCAACAGCAAAAGCUGCAAUUGCAGCAACAGUUGUUGGCGCAGCAGCAAAUGGCCGAAAAUGAGGCGGCUGCUGCAGCGGCCGAGCUGUUCGAUCUCUUUUGCGUGGCUACAACUAUGCGUCAGAUACUCGGUUUGCAUCGCAACAUGUGCGAACUGAUUGGCUUACGUCCUUCUCCCCUUAACGAUUUCUAUCCGAAGGUGAAAGCAAAAGUACGUUCAUGGAAAGCGCAAGCUUUGUGGAAAAAAUUCGAUGCCCGUGCUUCGCAGCGCGUUUACGCCAAAGGAAAUGCCUGCACGGGUACACGAGUCUUGGUUAUUGGGGCGGGUCCGUGUGGUUUGCGCACUGCCAUCGAAGCCCAACUUUUGGGUGCCAAAGUAGUUGUGGUAGAGAAGCGUGACCGGAUUUCCCGCAACAACGUUUUACAUUUGUGGCCCUUUGUGAUUACGGAUUUACGUAACUUGGGAGCAAAAAAGUUUUAUGGCAAAUUCUGUGCGGGUUCAAUAGAUCACAUCUCGAUUAGACAACUGCAAUGCAUAUUACUAAAAGUAGCUCUGCUAUUGGGCGUUGAGAUACACGAGGGUGUUUCAUUUGAGCGAACAAUAGAACCUACUGGGGACGGUUGUGGAUGGCGAGCAGCUCUUUCACCUAUUGAUCACGCUGUCUCGCACUAUGAGUUUGAUAUUUUGAUUGGCGCAGAUGGCAAGCGGAACACCUUAGAAAGCUUUAAACGGAAAGAGUUUCGUGGUAAAUUGGCUAUUGCCAUAACAGCCAAUUUCAUUAAUAAGAAAACCGAAGCGGAAGCCAAAGUUGAGGAGAUUAGUGGUGUGGCCUUCAUAUUUAAUCAAUCAUUCUUUAAAGAGCUUUACCACACGACCGGUAUAGACUUAGAGAACAUAGUGUACUAUAAGGAUGAAACGCACUACUUUGUAAUGACUGCCAAAAAGCACAGCCUGAUUGAUAAGGGCGUCAUACUACAAGACUUUGCUGAUCCAGCCGAAUUGCUGGCUCCAGCCAAUGUAAAUACCGAGAAGCUUUUAGAUUACGCCCGUGAAGCAGCUGAAUUUUCUACCAAAUAUCAAAUGCCAAAUCUAGAAUUUGCCGUUAAUCAUUAUGGAAAACCGGACGUGGCCAUGUUCGAUUUCACGUCAAUGUUUGCGGCCGAAUCAUCUUGUCGGGUGAUUGUACGCAAAGGAUUCCGUUUGCUGCAGUGCCUGGUGGGCGAUAGUCUCCUUGAACCGUUCUGGCCGACAGGAUCAGGCUGUGCUCGAGGCUUCCUAUCUAGCAUGGAUUCUGCUUACGCUAUCAAAUUAUGGUCUAACUCCUUUAACAGCAUACUGGGCGUGGUUGCGCAGCGAGAAAGUAUAUAUCGGCUUCUGAAUCAAACGACACCAGAAAAUUUACAACGAGAUAUUGGUUCUUAUACUGUGGAUCCCGCGACCCGUUAUCCAAAUCUGAAUCGUACUUCGGUUAAUGUGUGGCAAAUAAAGCAUCUCGUGGACACCGACGACCAGCAGAUAUUGGAACAAACCUAUAUGGAUACAAAUACGUUGCAAAUAACUCAGGUUGAUACACCAGUCAAAAGGAAACGGCGUAGUGGCGAUUCGGUGCCUUUAAGUUCAAUAUUGUUACGUUGGGUUUGCGCUCAAUUACAUAGUUAUGAAUUUGCUAAGGAAUUAAAAGAAGCCUCGGAUAUCUUCACGAAUGGCAAAGUGCUGUGCGCUUUAAUAAACCGUUACCGUCCUGAUCUAGUCGAUAUGAAUGCAGUCAAAGAUUUAAGUCCCGUGGAAAGCAAUGAUCUCGCUUUUAGGAUAUUGGAAAAAGAAAUGCAUAUACAGCGUAUUAUGAACGGCAGAGAUUCCUUGCAAUUGCAAAGUAUUGAAUCGAAGAUAUGGUUGAAUUACUUAGAACAAAUAUGCGAAGUCUUCCGUGGCGAAAUACCGCAUAUAAAGCAUCCGAAAAUCGAUUUCACCGAGCUACGUGAAAAAUAUCGCCUUAAUAAUGCUCAUGCUCAACCCGACUUUUCCAAAUUGUUACAACUUUCUACGAAGCCACCGAAAUCCCGAUCGCCGUUACAUGAUAUGGUCGAUGUACCGCAUAUUGUGCAGCGACGUUCCGUUCUCGAUGAAGAGAAGUUAAAACGACAACGCAAACAUGAACAAUUAAUGGCCAAUAAUAAUGCGGGUAAUGCAACAGGCACAGGUCAAGCACCAACUGACACUCCACGAAGAGCUAAGAAACGACGCAACAAUACCGAUAAAGCCGCAAACAUUGAAGAACGGCAAAAGCGUUUACAAGAGGUCGAACAAAAUCGCCAGGAUCGUUUAAGCAAACGGCGUCAACAACGUCAGCAGCAAACACAGAAUUUCUAUAAAUCUCUUCAUAUGCUGCAGGCCAACACUUUGCUGCGUGAACACGACGAUAAUAGUCCUUUCGAAGAUUACUCCAUAUUUCUGUACCGCCAACAGGCGCCUGAAUUCAAUGAUCGUGUCAAAGAUUUGGAACGCAAGUUAUUGUAUCCCGACCGUGAACGAGGAGAUAUACCGUCCGCUCUGCCUCGUGGUAACGUCGAUGAGCAGUUUAGUGAUCGUAUACGUUCAAUGGAACAGCGUAUUACAUCACGCAGUGGUUGUGGUCCAGAGAAGAAACCCAAAGAUUUAAUGCGUGCGAUCGGUAAAAUAGAUAGCAGCGAUUGGCAAAUACGUGAAAUUGAAAAGAAAAUCGAACAAUCGAAAAAGACUGAGGUUCACGGACCGAAAGGCCGGGAAAAAGUGCCCAAAUGGAGUAAAGAACAAUUUCAAGCGCGUCAAAAUAAAAUGGCUAAACCGAACCGUCAAGAUUCGGCUGAGGAGAAAUUCAAAGAGAUCGAUCAAACUUUAAAGAAUCUGGAUAAACAACUUAAAGAAGGCUCAGUGCUGGAAGUAGGUGAACGCGGUCGCAAUAAAGUGGCCUCCAUCGCCGGUCAAUUUGUUAAACGCGAAGAUACCUCUGAAGAAAAGAAUCCUCCCACUGUAGUAGCAAAACCUACUGCCAAGGUGGCUUUGGCUUUUAAAAAGCAAUCAGCCUCCGAGAAAUGUCACUUCUGCAAGCAAACUGUUUAUCUUAUGGAGAAACUUCAUACUGAAGGCCUGAUUAUGCAUCGUGCCUGUCUUAAAUGUCAUCACUGUCAUUCAAAUUUGCGUCUAGGAGCUUACGCUUUCGAUCGCGAUGAUCCUAGUGGACGAUUCUAUUGUACGCAACAUUUUAGAUUGCCUGCCAAGGCUAUACGCCCUGUAGUGCGUAAGCAAGGACAAAAGAAAAAUGCACAACAACAAGCUGCUGCCAAGCCUCAAGAAGAUUCUCCAAUUACAUCUCUGGAUUCUAUUAAAGCAAUAGUUAGCGCUUCCGGAGACAGUGAGAUUAAACGCGGCCUUGUAGAUAGCGUCACUCAAAUGGAACUAUUAGAUCGCGGUCAGACACCAGAACGUAUCGAAUUUGCUAAUACUGAUAAUAUGUCGGAUGGGGAGCCUUCCGAAGAGCAUAUUAUAGAUGAGCAUGAAUGGUCGGGACGCAAUUUUCUGCCAGAAUCAAAUAAUGAUUCGGGUUCGGAUCUAACGAGCUCAGACGAAACCGAUACUGAGUCCGAUUCCGAAAUGUAUGAGGAGGCCAAUGAUUCACCGCUAGGGGCGCAAACAUUACAAUUAGCUUCCGAUUGGAUUGGGAAGCAAAAUUAUACGGAAACUGAUGAUUCCGAUGAUUUCUAUGAUUCCAGUGAAGGUAUAGCAGACGACGGCAAAGAUGAUACGGAAGGCGAAGAAUUUCAGAAGGCUCGUGAAUUGCGACGCGAAGAAGUACGCUUACAACCUUUACCUCCAAACUUGCCAACAGAUACUGAGACGGAGCCAAAAAUAUUGAAUAAAGAAAUCGUAAUCGAAGAAAAUCAAAAUAACGCAGACAUCAAAAAUGUUGAAGAAAGUGAGACUAAACUGAGUUUGCCUGAAAGUGCAAUAAAACGCAAAGGAUCGGAAAAGUCGGGCUCUUCUGAACAAUCGUUUAAAUCCACCACAUCUUCGUUGGUAAAUGGCUAUGAUACGAUAAAGCCUAUGGCUGUAAAGGUAACAAAAGCCGACAUGGAGAAAUUGGAACAAAAUUCCGAACGUAAAUUUAGUAGCGAUAUUGAAGCGAUCAGUGAGAAGCUUUAUCGUUUAAAUAACGUAAUGAAAUUGAACAAAGAUUUGGAAACACUAGCGAAAGAAAAUCUGAUACGUAGUGAUAUUCUUAAAAAAUUGACCUUGAAAGAAAAAUGGUUAACUGACAAUGUCCCCGUAAUCAAUAACUCGACAAAGUUUGAAGAGAAAAUUGAUAAACUCUUGGCUUCAAAAUCGCGAGGAGCUAUUACUGACAAAAAGUUAGAAUCACGCGAACAAGCCAAAGUUGAUCAUUUGAAAGAUGAUAAAGAGAAUGUUUUACAAAAUCAUACAUUAGUUACUAGAUCUAAUAGCUUGAAAAAAGCGACAAAUAAUCAAGAUAUUGCGAAUCAUUUAGAACAGAAUGUCGUUCAUGUCGAUAGGGACAAUGGGAAGCCAACUCAACAAAUACAAAAUAAUAAUAAAAUGGAAAUUGAGAAUAUUUUAAAUAUUGUAAAGACUAUUAGCAUAUCUAACGGCGAUGACGCUUCCGUGAAGUCAACGACGGCUUCGUCUUUAUCGGCGGAAGUAAAAGAAACCGACGCCGGCAAGAUUUUGUAUAAUGCCACCAAGAAAGACAAAAACAUAUCCGCCAAUAAAUUGAAAGAAAUUGAUGUGAAGAACUUCAGCGAUACGAUGGAUACCAUCAAAUCACAAAUGGUAGUGCCAACAAUUAGCUCGCAAGCUCCGUCUUCAGUAGAUCUCUCUAAAUAUUUUCCCCAUCAAAAGCAGGAAAAAAGCACGUCAGUAAAUGUAAACAAGAAUCAGAAAACGUUGAAAGACGUCGAUCUUACCAAAUACUUUCCCACAAGUCCGGCACCUCAAAGGCGUAGCUCGGUGGUAACGGUAGCAGAUAAACUUAAAAAAUCGCAAACUGAAAAAACGUUAACUUGCGAGGUAGCGCCUGAGCAAAAACCUAAAACAUCACUUAGUAAUGGAAAUGUACAAAAAACUCAUAAACAACCUGCAGCUAAAAAGAAAUCGUUUAGCUUAAAAGAACAUCAAUUGGAUGGUUCGACAGACGUUGCCAAGAAAAAAUCACCCGUUAAAGUGGUGACAACAACCGCCGUAGCCACUGUAGCGAAAAAAGGGAACGUUCGUAUUAUAAAGAAAAUCGUGCCGCGUGGCACUAAGGCAAAAAAAUUAAGCAAUCAGAAGAUCAUUAAGAAAUCUUUGAUACCACGUGAUGAAGCUGAUAAAAUUUUAGAUGAAUUACUUAAAGAUGAGCUUGGAGGACAACAACGCUCGCCCAGUAUGGAAUAUCAAAACCUCUUUAAAGAGGAUAAAUCGCCCAGUGAAGAUAUAUCGGAUAAAAUUGAAUGCAUUCUUGAAGCAGAGGGAAUUGAUUUAGGUAUACCCAGAAAAACGAAAUCCCAAAUAGAUGAAAGCAAAAAAUUGCUUAAAGCUAAAUCCUUUGGUAAUGAAGAAUUACAAGCCAAUAUAUCUACAUUAAGCAACGAUCAAGCAAAGGAAGGAGGCGAUCGACCGAGCGGUGUGCAAAAUAUACUAAAACGUUUCGAAUCUAUGUCGAGUAUGGAUAAAUCGAAUGAUCAGAAAGCUGCAUUCAAGCUACGUCGCAUGGAGUCGACUACAAGCAAUUUGAAUAAAUCGAGCGAAUCAUUAAUGUCUAGUGAUUCAUUGCAACAAAGCGAUCUGGAGAAAACAAUGGAAUAUUUGAAAACCGAAUGGCGUAGCGAAGCAACAACAUUUUUGCAAAAAAAACGUUCGUCAUAUUUUGCUGAGAAACAGGGCAGCCAAGAAAAGGAAGAAAAAGAAUCUUUUGCGUCAAGUUCUAUGAAUGACUUACCAAUACAAAAUAGAGAAUCAAAGUUGGCGAAAUUUUUUGGUGUAAAAUCUAAAUCUCCUGAAAAACGAAAGUCUCCUCUAAAGAGGGCUAAAAAGGAGAAGACAAAGGAGGAAAGAAAACCGAUUAUCUAUAGUUCACUGGAGGAAUUGGCUUUGAUAAGUAUGAGUAAACAAUUAGCUAAAGCUCAGCAAGAUCAAAAACGUUUAGUGGUCGCCGACGAGACAGACUCCAAUGUUAGUCAAAAUGCGAAGGAAUCUAAGGAGACAGAAGUUACCAUUAGUGAGGCACGUAGAGACUCUAACGUUUCGUUGGGAUCUGUAGCUUCUUUGGCGUCUGAAAAAUCGGAAACUGAAAAUAAAAGACAUUUAAUCGAAGAUAUACGCAACCUACCUAAAACUGGCUGUGAUAAAUCUCUGAGUAACUCUAGACGCAGUUCUCAGGCUAGUAUACAAUCACGAACUUCAUUAGGGGAAAAUACCAUAAAAAUGAAAGAUGCAACACCGUCAGCUUCAAAUGGGGAUCGAGACGAAGAGGAUGUCAGCAAUUCGUCGUCAACGAAGAAACCUAAUAUAUUGCAACCAAAUGAAACUACUCAACAACAAGCUUCUUCUGAUGAAGAUAGUAUUGAGAAGUUAUUUAGUCAGUUUUCCGAUGAAAUGUUAGUCAAUGUGGAGUUUGAUUCGAAUGAUGAAUUAAUUGCCAUAACCCCAAGAGCCGCUUUAAGAACUGAGCAAGAAAAACAAAAUGUUAAGACUUUCGCAGACGACAAAGCCAAUGAAAAUAUUUACCAAAGUCACUUCAAAACUCUAAAUCUCGAAGAUGCUUCCCUCGCACAGAAUAAUUUUCCAAUAAGACCUCAACGAAGACAAAAAAGCACAUCUUCUUCCAGCGAUGCUUCGGUCUCAAUGCCUCAACGUAUAAAGAACAAAUUAACAAAUCUAUCACCCAGCAAUAUGCCGCCGUCCGUACAAGAUCUACUUCAGAAAAUGUGUUCGACGGAGGAACUCUUCACGCAACAAUCGAAGGCACUUCUGAAAUUCCCCCGUUUAACUGAUGACGAGGAAUCAUUAGAAGAGCCCUUAUCACCUGAGCCGAAAAAUAAACUGUUGAAUGAGUUGACAGAGCUCAACGCAAUGAACUUACCAGAUAUUGUAGUGGAAGCUUCAUCCUCCCCUCCUGUAACAGAAAACAAGUUUGAGGGUGAAAGCACCAGUCAGCGCUCAUCAACAAACUCAGAAUCGACUGUUGUUCAUAUUGCGAAGCAUUCCACUCAACCUAAAACUGAAAAUGUUUACGAGUUUUCCAAAAUUCUAGUACCUAAAAAAGAGUCCUCACCGGAAUGGGAUAUGGAAAAAGUAAUCAGCAGUCCAAUGCCAAAGCGCAAAAGCAAAAUAAAGCGAAAUGAGCCGAGCGAAGUACAAGAAAUUCAGGUUUGUAUCGAUGAUGCUUUAUGUAAAUCCAAUAUAAAAGAAUCUGAGAAGUCAAUAAAAUUGCUAAAUGGAAAAGUUAGUGGAGAGAAAUCUAAAGCUUGUUUAGAUUUGGUAUCAGCACAAGCGCUUCCUGAGGAAAGUAAAAAGCAAGUAGAACCACUGGUAAAAGAAGGCACACCGGAAUGGAAUAUGUUACUCUUACCUACCAGUCCGAUGCCAAGACGCAAAUCUCAUGAGUUGAGUCAAAACUUCGUGUUGAAAGAAUUAUCGCCGACCAAUUCCAUAAAAAUGUUAAACAACAUGGAUGCAAGUACAGAGGCAGCCCAAAAGCGCUUAAUUGAAGAGUUUGAGAUGGAACGUCGUCAAGCUUUAGUUCAACGCGAUAAGCAAUAUCAAGUUCUAGAAAAGCCAGAAAUUGAAAGUAAAAAUUCCACUUUUGGUUCCGGUGACAAUUCUAAGAGAACAACCCCAUUAAGUACACCCGUUAAACAAUCGCCACGCGGUUCAAGGACAAACUCACAGUUGAGUCUUAAUACGAAUAGAGGAGGAACGCCACCAAUGCUAAAACCUUUAGAUGUUUAUGGCUCCUCGCAAUCGUCGCAAAGUUCACGUCGUAGCUCUUUUGCAUUUAUAGAAAUGUUAGAUGCUAAGCCGAUAAUAGCACCGAUGCCAAAAAAAUUGGAUUUACCCUUAUUGGAUAUGCACGAGAUACCCGAUAACUUAGCAGGCCCCAUACCAGAAAAUAUGAAGAAUCGCCCUUGGCCAAAUCCGCAUGCAGAAGACGACGACUUAACAAAUGAUGAAAACGGAACAGAUAUUAAUGCUCUGGAGGAAACAAAUGUCAUACAGUACGACAAUGCUUUAGCAAAUGCAGGCCCGAAGCGUUUAUGGCCAGAUGGUAAGACAAUGUUUAAAAAUGAAAGGACAACCCAACAUCUAGGUAGUCGCAAAGAGAAACCCCGCUCAGAAACACCCGAUGUUUGUGACGUACAGGAUGAAAGUUUAGAUGAAAGCAAGACAGUUGCAAAGUCCAUUUCAGAUUUGAGUAUUGCAACGCGAGGCACAGGAGUCGCACUUCAGUCCCGCUCUAGCGCCGAUAGCGAUUUUAGCUCACGUGCUACUCUCACUGAAAGUCAGAAAUACGGCACCCAAAGAUCGACCCGACAUCAAAAGUUAAACAACGCAACUUUAGAUGCCAGUACUCAGCUCCUCCUGGCACGGAGCAAACGUUUGCAUAAUCGAAAAUGCGAUUUUGUAAAUGAGCGUGUAGUCGAACGUAACCCUUAUAUGCGAGAUGUCCUUAAUGACAACAAAAAGUCAUUUGAUACGAUUAGUGAUUCAGAUGACGACGACAAUGUAAGCACAUAUCGCCCUAAGCGCUACACUUCUACUUCGAAUAUGACUCGAUUUCCUACCUCACGUACUUUAGGAACUAAGCAUAGUGCACAGAAGUAUGGCUACGUACCAACGUCAAUCACUUACAAUAAUAGUUCAUUUAAUGGCAGAAGUCUGCCUCCAUUGCAAACAUCGCUUAUUACCACCAAUUCAAGCAGUAAUUAUCAUUAUCCCAGUUCUACGUUAAUGGGACGGCCUUCUUAUCGCGCUACCACUGCUGCAACCAAAAAUUAUUCCAGGCAAAGUCCUUCCCGUUAUCGGGAGUUGAAGGACUCUUGUGUACUAAGUUAAAUUAACAAUUAAUCAAGAGAUUAUUCAAAUAAAAAUGAAACCAAUUUACCAACUUUUACACUUUUAUGCUCUUCAACUUACAAAAUCAAACAAACAAACAAUCCGCCUAUCUGCCUACACAGUUACACAAUAUAAGCGCACACAUCCUUCUUAUCACCACUACCGCUAGUCUAGGUUUUCAUUAUUUUUGAUGUCCUACGUAGAAUUCUCUUUCUAAGAGACCAAUAAAGAAUAACGAAUCGGCAGGAAAAGGAAGAAAGAGACAGAGGAAGAGAAAACAGGAGAAAUUUAACAGU